AACACGAUUACGAACGUCAACGAAUAGCAGCGGUGAAUUUGUCAGUGGAAGAAGACCAUUGAAACGUUACGAAAGCAAUUUUGUGGCUCUAUCAAGACUUUAGAUAAAUUAGCACUGUGCGUUAGCUUAAAUUUCUGGUUGAUCCACGUAGCAUCAUCAAAUUAAUAUAUACAAAAUGUUCGUGUCAACAGUCUCCCGUAUUGCCCCCGUCGCCAGGACCGCUCUCCUUAACGGUUCAAAGCAAUACUUGCGACCAUUGAGCAGCGCUGUGAUUAGCCAGAGCCAAUCCUUGGCAGCUCAGAACACAACGCCCGUUGCUUUACUGCCACAAAUUAGGUCAUUCCAGACCUCUCCAGUCACUCGUGACAUCGAUUCUGCUGCCAAAUUCAUUGGUGCUGGUGCUGCAACAGUCGGUGUUGCCGGUUCUGGUGCUGGUAUCGGAACAGUGUUCGGUUCCCUCAUCAUUGGUUAUGCCAGAAAUCCAUCGUUGAAACAACAGUUGUUCUCAUAUGCCAUCUUGGGUUUCGCCUUGUCUGAAGCUAUGGGUCUUUUCUGUCUUAUGAUGGCCUUCUUGCUGCUCUUCGCUUUCUAAAGUGUAUGUCAUUGAAAGUUUAUAAACAACAGUAAUAGCAGUAACAUCAGCUACACCAUUUAUUGUUUUUAAAAAACAUCCAAGAAUAAAAACACGUUUAUUUAAGUUUAAAACGAAAAUAAAAAUACUAUGAUAAAAAAUUACAAAUGUGCAGAAUACGUUAAAUCCAAGCGAAAAACCACCCUAACCGAACAGAAGGAAUAGCAGCAAGUAUUUUGCGAACGAAAUGAAAAAAGUUAAGCGCCGAAUCGAAAACAGUCGGUAAACAGAUCGAAACACCAGCUAGGGCAUUCGUUAUUGAUCCCGUAUUAUUUUAGCGAUAUGAACAUUUCAAUGAAAAUCACAUACGAAUAUCUAAGUCUGCAGCCAUUAGAAGUAUAAAUUGAAUGGUAUCCUGAAGCAAGAAGUUGCUAUUAGUGGUUCACAACACUAUAGAUUUAGUUUCAAAGCCAUGAUUUAGGGUCGUGUUUACCCUGUUAGCGCUCUCGUUAAAAACUAGGAAUGCAGGUAACAACCGAUGCAAUCAUGGAAUAAAAUACCAUUAAUUACUAUGUGGAAGUUGGGUUUUCUGUAUGUGAUUUUAAUUGACGCUAAAAUAUAUUUCCUACUCAACUGGAUUUGAGAAGUUGUUUGUGCAUUCUUUUAUGUAUACGUUGUUGCAACGCAUUUCUUAAAUAAUUGUAUCUACAAAUAAAAGAAUUGAGUCCUUAUUAUGAUAAUGCCGAUAAAAAUUUAUUUGCAUACGAAUUGUAACAAAGUAGAUGCUGAAUAAAAAGAUGGAAUUAAUGACUGGAGAAAAA